GCUGUGGAAGAAGAAGAAGAAGACAAACACAAUGCGAUAGAUGUGAUAAAGACUUGCGGUGAUAGAAGUCACGUGAAUAGCGAUGGCAGAAGACGGGACCGCGCGGAGGAACUGAUGCAUCAUCGGCAGCAGCAGCAGCGGUCUGACGAUCUGAAGUCUGCGUGGCCCUCGACCUGUAACUCCACACACACUGACCGGAAUAACACCAUGGACGCUCCUCAGUACACGGGUUACCCGUCACACUACUGGUAUCCUCAGUCUCACUCCACAGGACACUAUGCUAACACCUACCCAUCAGGAUCAGACAUGCAGCCGCAGUACAGUCCACAGGUGAUUCCCGGAGGUUACCCCAAUGGUCACGGCGUCUACAGCCCAGCACAGAGUCAAUAUUCAACAAGUGGUUUCCAUCCAUCCAACCCUUUCUACUGCGCUGACCCUCAGAGACCAGGUCCAGGUCCGUAUCCCAACCAGGGCUGCCCCACAGAGCAGGGCAGUGGGUCUGGGCAGCCACACGCUCAACACCAGCAUCAUCACUACCCUGGUCCACACUGUCAAGGGGGUUAUCCUCCAGGACCUUACUCUCACUAUACAGAAGGUGGUCAUGCAAUGCCUCCAAACCCUCCAUACCCCACUGGCCAGUCCCUGCAUCCCAGUGCUCAGGCUGAAGCGUGGGCUCACUCUGGUGCUUAUGGAUCCUCACCACAGCCGCAGCAGCAGUGGCAGCCAGGACAGCAGCCUCCACAGAACCACUACGGAAAUCCUGUACGUCCACCGCAUCCCCCGGCGUGGCCGGGCACCGGAACUGGCGCUCCACCUCCUUAUCAGCCCAAGGACCAACAGCAUCAACGUGCCCCACAAGUGGGACCUAAACCAAGACCAACCCCAUCCCCAAAUCCUCCCAACGGAAAGCCAGCUGAAAUAAGUUCACCUCCUCAAAUGUACAGCAGAACGGGCAGAGCUGAGCCGAAUCCCUCACAAGGUGACCCCCCACACUCGACCCCAGCCCAAGCUCUGGCUCCGGGCCAGGCCGGACCUCAGCCACUGAGCAAUAACCCCGGCCUCGCAAAGGUCCAGCAGGUCAUGGCCCGAAUGCUGCUGCUUCAGGAAGAUGUUGACGAGUUUGUUGGCAGAAAGACGGACAAGAGUUACCGGUGUCUGGAGGAACUGCUCACCAAAGAGCUGCUGGAGCUGGACUCUGUGGAGACUCAGGGACUGGAGAGUGUCCGGCAAGCCAGGAAGGAGGCUGUACAGAGGAUCCAGGCCAUUCUGGAGCAGCUGGAGAAGAAAGCCUUCUGAACUUUUGGGGGGUUUGAGCGUCACUAAGUCUUGCUGUCUUCUUCUUGCAGAUUUUCCGUGGACACCGUGAGAGCUCAAUGAUAUGAAAUGCCGAGAUGAAACAUCCUGCACUUGGGAACAAGAGCAUAAUUCUGCUGAUUGAGUGACAUGAGGGUAUUAAUUGUACAUAUCUUCAGACUAUUAGCCUCUGUGAGUGGCCGUGCUGUCUGACUCUCUCGCUCUGGAUUAAUUCAGUGCCACAUUGCAACUGUUAGCUGUCUUUAACCCGUGAUACGUGUUAGGAUGAUCAUCAUGCUGUCCCUCAGGAUUGUAGAGCGGUCUUAGUCCGGUCCCUGUUCAUAAUGACACGUCACACACACAGAGUCCACGUCUCUGCAGGAAUAGGUUCAAACAAAUCUUUCCCUUUAACUUUUGCUCCUGGCCCUGCAUGCACUGUCACAUGACCCGAGCCCUCGCUACAGUAUCACAGUUUGUAAUUGGAGCAGAUUUUUAGGAAAACUGUCCCCAAUACUUUAAAAGUGUCUCCUAUAAUCUAUUUUACAUGAUGACACGGUUAAGAAUCACUGAAAAGAUGCUCCUCUGUCUUUUGCCCUUUCUGAAUCUACAGGACUUAAAGAAGAGUUUUGGUCAGUAAUAUUACAAAUGUUUUUUGUUUGAUGUCAUUUCUAUCACUGAUAUUCUUGUUAUUCUGAAUCUUUUCCCACAAUCCCCGUGUGUGUGUGUUUGUUUUUUUUCCUCCUUACGUCUUUCCUUCCGCGUUGAUUUUGGGGGGAGAAAAAAAAAGCGUGCCAUAUUUCAGGGGAUGGUUUUCUAUCAUCAUGAGAAAAAAAAUAAUAAAAUAAGGAAACAAGCUUUGCAUGAAAAACAAA